UGCGGUUUUCCUGUUCUUGGACUGCGGUCUGGAAUUUUCCGUUCACGGCUGUGGCCUCGAUCCUCGCCUCGUCUCGCUUCGUCGCCGGGAUCGGCCGGCGGCAUCCGACUUUUUCAACUGCCAUUGCGAGUCAGUUCCUGAUAACCGGCAGUGAGAACGCCUUUUUCCUUCCCGGCUGGUCACCUGUUUCAGCACUCUCACGUCAUUCCGGGUUUGACAGACGUUCAUCGAAACUACGAAUUCAUCAGGUCAGCUUCAGCAGUUGUUCAAAAGGGAAAUCAAUCGAAUCAUCAGUUGACAUGGCACAAGCAGCACCUUUGUUACUCCGUCUCGUCGGAUCAUCCGUCACCGCAGCGACCAAAGCAGGAACGAUUAUAAAAGAUGUCAUGAACAAAGGCGACCUCGGAAUAAGGGACAAGGGAAAUGAUGACCUUCAGACUGAAGCUGAUAGAUUAGCACAGAGCAGUAUCAUUGCAUCCCUUUCUCGUAUGUAUCAAAAAGUAACAAUAAUAGGUGAGGAAGGGCCACAUGAAUUGAGUAAUAUCCGUGAAGAAUGGAUAGCAAAUGAGCCGUGUGAAUCAGUUUUGAAGCAACAGUGCCCAGAGCAUUUAAUGAAUGUCACAGAAGAAGAUGUUGUUAUAUGGAUUGACCCACUUGAUGGAACGAAAGAAUUUACACAAGGAUUUUUAGAAAAUAUCACAGUCCUAAUUGGAAUUGUAGUUGGAAACAAGUCUGUAGCUGGGGUCAUUCAUCAGCCCUAUUACAAAAACGAAGACUUGUUAGGUCGAACGAUCUGGGGCAUUCAAGGAUUGGGUGUAGGUGGAUUUGAACCACUUCCCCCACCCGAUGGAAAAUUUACCAUAACUACUUCAAAAUCUCAUUUCAAUCCUCUUAUAGAAACUGCCAUUGAACUGUUACAACCGGACCAAGUGAAAAAGGAAGGUGGAGCAGGAUAUAAGGUAUUGAUGUUAAUGGAAGGCAAGGCACAUGCUUACGUUUACCCCGUACCUGGUACAAAACGAUGGGACAUUUGUGCACCCGAAGCUAUACUAUCAGCCGUGGGAGGAAAACUGACAGAUAUGAAAGGAAAUUCUUACCCUUACGAUAAAAAUACCAACUAUAACAAUACUGAAGGGGUUGUGGCAACAUGCAACGACUAUUACCAUAAGUUAUGCAUAAACAGAUUAGAAAAUUUUAAGCGCUGAUAAAAAAAUAAAUAAAUUAUUAUAUACUUGA